AUGUUCAAGGCUUGGAUGGGAGCGCUGCCUCGCUCACUGAGGAGAGCUAGCCCAGCGACGCAGGCGAGGAUGUGGGAGGAUACGCUGCGUCAGCUGUGGAUAGGCCAGGCGAGGAACCUGUCUGCUCAAUCGUCGCGAGGCUUGACAACUUCGACCUUGUCGUCUGCGUCUCGGCUAGGGAAGACGCGCCCGUUGCCGUCGGCAGGAAGAACAGCCUUCCAUUCCCAGGCAAGGCGAGGCUUCCGCUUCUCGCCGUGGCGGCGUAACACAGGAGACGGCAAGGUUGAGAACAUGUCCAUGUCUGCAAAAUUCAAGAAGCUGUCGAGGGAAUACGGCAAGGCAGCAGUCGCGGUAUACUUUGGGCUGUCUAUCCUUGACUAUCCCUUUUUCUUCCUUCUCGUGAAAGCGGUUGGUACGGAGCGCGUCGCCAGGGUCGAGCAUUUCGUAGUCGGAGUCAUCACCAGCGUUAUCCCCGAGCCGGUACGCAUAGCGAUCCGCGGGUACUGGGAGUCCGCCAAGGUCACCAUGAAGCGGCUAUGGAGCAAAGAGACCACCGAAAAGGCCGAGAUGGUCGGUUGGGGUGUCGAGGAAGCGCAGGAGAGACAUGAUGAAGCAGCGAGUCUAGGGACGCAGAUGGCACUGGCCUACGCCAUCCACAAGAGCUUUUUCUUUGUGCGCAUUCCGCUGACAGCGGCCAUCACGCCCAAGGUGGUCAAGACGCUUCGAUCAUGGGGUUGGAAUAUUGGCAAACCCAUGCGGAAGGGCAACAAAUCUGCGUGA